UCUUCUCCGGUAACCUGGCGCACAUCAUGGCCAGCUCGUUCUGCAACUCCAUGUUUGCCGUCAUUCAGAUUUUGGCUAACGACGUGAACUCGAGCACGCUCCCGCUGGCGAUGCCAAUCGUUGUUGUCUUCCUUCAACUGUCCUACCUGAGCCAAGAGCUGUCGGAUGCUAGCCUGCGCCUGCAAAGGUCCGCGUUCACGGCAGCGACCGGCUUCGCCACGACAAGUGUAACGGAGGCACGCCUCCUCCUGGUGCUCAUCGUAGCCUCGAGCCGGACGCCAGCACUCAGUUGCAAGGGUCUGGGCCGUCUGAGUUUGGCCGCCGCGGGGAAAGCCAGUCGCGAUUUCUACCAGUGUGUCAGCGUGUUGGGCAAACGGUACUAGUUUUGCAUUUUAGAUCAACGAGAG